AUGUCUGAUAGUAACGGAUCAUAUCUGCCCGAAACCUCGCUACCAGGGGCUAGUUCGAACGAUCAAGUCAAUGACGUGGGUUUCAUUGCCCUUGAGCAAAGGGAAAGGAGUCUUCAUGAUGCCUCUCCCAGUUUUCCUCGCAAGAUUAACAUCAAGACCGUUGAGUUCGGCGAGCAAAAGUUUGAAGUCACGACUCUACGGAGUUUUAUCAAACUCCUGAAAACCGGCCACCUUGCGUUUGUUCUGGGAAAAACUGGUGGUCCAGUUUUAGAGGCCGAGUCUACCCGGGCCGUUUUCCCAGGCUAUUGUAUCACCAGCUAUGAGGUAUCCGAUACUACGAUAACCGUCAAGUUUGUGAAGCAUUUGGUGGAUAUCAUCUAUCCUCCUAGACCGUGCGAGGAUGAAUGCAAAGAGCUCUUGAUAGCAUUCGAGAAAUGCAAUAGCCCCGAAAUAAAGCUUCACUUUGAGAAGGUGCCCUCAAAGACCUCUGUGUCAGUGGAGAGAUGUUUGCGGCAAAUGGUUGAGCAUACCACAUUUAUUGUCGAAGAUAACUCCUUAGGGCUUUUGUCAUCAAAUAUCGUUCACCACAAUGAUUAUUUGUUGGUGCAGUGGAAAUCCGUACUUAAAGAAACAGACAAAAAAGCCGAAGAGGCACAAGUGGUCUUUGGAGGUCCUCUAGAAGCCAUUGAGAUGGACCUAGAGGAUGAGAACGAGGAGACCGUAAUUAUCUUCCACCCAGAAGACCAACAGGAGAAAAUUCUUUACGCGAAGAUAGAUGAAGAACAAUCCUUUGUUCUCCAUUUCCCGGGAGGUACCGAGUUAGAGGCGAAGUGGCCGAAAGAUUACACUUUGGGCUACAUGAUGUCUCGCGUGUUCAAACUUUGUCUCCCUGAGUCCGAAUUUCGUUUGGAGGCAAAGCCGAACGAGGUGGAGAAAACUCGGUGCCGGAAGAUUUUGAAGAAUGCUGUGGAUUGCUAUCGUUCCGGGAGAGGGUUUCCAAUUGGCCCCAUCUUUUUUACCCACCCAGAUCGCUCAUUGGGGACAGAAACAGACCAAAAUGUUGCUGAAGUUCUUGCUACUUCAGCUCUUAACGCACAACAAAGAGUUUCUGCGACUCAUGCUCUUUGUAAAACAGAAGAGCUAUUCUCAGGGAUAGCUCUCCUUACCGGAGCGGCAGGAACUGGGAAGACCUUCACGGCUGCGACAAUUGUCAAAGCUGCAUCUGUUUCCACAGACUAUAAAAAGAUUAUCGUAACGACCAAAAAAAACACUACCCUCCAGCGGAUUUUCGAGGCGGUGAUGGAUGUCCUUGAUACCCCUGGAUGCAAAGUCCUUUACAUCCAGGGUAAAAUCGCUUCCGAAAAAAUGGAAAAGUCAGCCUCGCAAAAGAUUCGUGAACUCGUGAAGAAGCACGAGAUACAGAGACACCAGCUUGAAGCGUUACAGAAUUUACCAGAUUCAAGCGCCUCUAAACGAAAAAUGAUAAUCGGAGAGCAUCAUGUCAUCUUUGCGACUUUGGACAUUAUUCAACGGGACCUUGAUAGUUCUAUUUUUCCCGCUAGCUUCAUUUUAAUCGAUGAGGCGGCUGCGACGUCUGAGCUAGACUCUCUGAUUCCUAUCACAAAGUUCAAUAAGUCAUUGAAGCGUCUGGUUCUCGUUGGUGAUUCAAUGCAACUUAAGCCAUACUCCGCAGCUGAAGACUCUUUCGUAACCAAGCGUAGCUUGUUUCUUCGCUGCCAGCAAUCAGAUUGGGCACUUCCGCGCUUGAUAGAUAACUAUCGGAUGCAUCCCCAAGUGGCCGACCCCAUCCGCAAUAUGUUUUACAAUACGGAUUCAAUGGUACGAUGGGGAUUAAUGAAGGAGCGGAACGCGAAAGAGUUUCUUUUAGAAAGUACCGAAUUCGCAAAAAGUAUUGCCGGUUCUCUAACCACUCUCGAAGUGAUGAAAAAUUUCAAUCCAAAGAUAAAGAGUUUGAGUUCUUGGUGGGAUGUUCCUGGCAGAGAAAAGAGAGUGGGAACAGAAGAUAUCGAUCUUGGGAAGGUUGGAGUCACAAGCUUCUAUACCGGGCAAAUUCACGCUAUAAAGGAUGCUGUGGACGAGAGAUUCCCCGAUUGGAUUACCGAAGGCCUUGAAAUCGCUUCCAUCAACGCCUUUCAAGGACGAGAGAAAGAAAUAAUGCUUAUAUCUCUUGUGAGAGCAAACGACUGUGAUGAGGUUGGUAUUUUGAAUAAACAACAUCGCAUUUGUACGGUUUUAAGCAGAGCUAGAAUUUGUCAAAUCAUUAUUAGAAAUUUUGAUUUUAUCAGAAACCAGAUCCGCAGGAAGUUUGACGGGAUCAAGCUUCAAGAAAGAAAAGCGAUUGUUGAAGCGGGGAGAGUUCAUGAACUACAAGGCGGAAAGCACGUGGGGCAACCACUCAGUACCCUUCUUAGAGACCAUAAAUGGAAUCGGUUCCGGGAUGACCGGAUCAAUCCUUUCUUGGGGACCCAGGAGGAAGCAGAGAUGGAGAAGUUUGGAGGAGAGGCGUGA